AAUAAAAUCAGCUGCAGCACUGGGCCCGCACUUCUUUCCCCCAGUCUGUCAUCCAUGUUUAAGUGGGAGAUUGAUACUUAACUUUUGGAGGUUUUAUUAACCAAGGGAAUGGAGCUGAUUCAGCCUGACAAUGAGCCCUAGAGUCAAACAAGUUAUCCCACUGCCUAAAAAUAGGAAAGCUACAUUUAAUGGUCCUCGUAAUCAUCCCAUAAACGUGUUACCAGCACUAAGAAUGAGGGAAGACAGUAUUUGAUCAAGUAAAAGAAUACCUCUCAGAAAAUAAUAUGAUCACAAAACUCCAACAUACUGCUACGUGCAAAGAUGUCAUGGAAACAGAUGACACAACGAUCUGGAUAACAGAUCGUUGUGUCAUAUCAGAGCACUCCUAUUAGAUUUUACAGCAGCACUCAAUGUCAUCAACCACGAGCUUCUUCUUUAAAAGCUGGAGGGUUACAGAUUUAGACCAUCAGCAGCUGCCUGGAUGGAAAGCUAUCUAGCAAAUAGAUAUCAGAUAUUCUUUAACGGAAGCCACUCAGAUAGUGUGUCUGUGGAAUGUGGUCUUCCUCAAGGGAGCGGCCUUAGCCCACCCUCCAUCUAUACCAGUCAUUUACACUUGUAUCCCCAAUGCUAAAUGAACCAUGUACACAGAAGAUACUGUAGUAUAUGCAUCAGCAACAACACCUGCUGAUUUGACUGCUGUCUCAAACAAGGAGCUAGUUAUUAUAGGGAAAUGGAAAACAAGCUGAAUACAUCCAAAACAAAAGGCAUGAGCCAAAGCUCAGACUUUUUAAAAAUAACAUAUCUGUUGGGGAAGUAAAGAAACUAAACUAUUGGGAAUCACCCUAUGCCCAAUAAAUUGUCCUGGUCAAAAACAUAAACACUAUUGACAAUAAAAUAGGAAGUUCAACAGUAAAGCGAUGCAGAAAAUGCCUUACUCCUGACUUAACUAAGCAUGCUCUGUUUUUUUUUUUUAUCUUUUAGAUUAUUCAAGACAACCAGUGUUUGCUUCUGAGGAGCACAAAUUCAUAAAAUUCUACAUGAAAUCUAGGUUGCAGCCCUAAGAGCCCUUUAUGUUUCCUCAAGAAACAGGCCCUGAGAGGCCCUUGAUACUCAAAAAAAGCUUUCCUACUGGAUCAAGUGUGCACUAGAGGAAACUAACAUUUACUGCAGCACAAUAGAUUCAUAAAUGAAUGCGUAAAGGAGCAUCAAAUCCUGUGCAUCCUGUGCUUUUCUUCAGUCUGUUAUCAGAUCUGCAUGGUCACUCCUUCCCUCUCCUCAGUCAACAUUUCUCCAGGGUUCCACUCCACCUCUCACAUAUUUCUUCUUCACCUCUCCCUCCAGGUCUUCCUCACUUUGUCUCAGUUUUUCACACAGAGCGAUUGAAGAUGUCCUGGACGUCUGCAACCCUCCUGGCUCUCCUGGCAGUGCUUCUGGCACUUUCCCUGUCCCAAGUGGCAGACUCUGCAGCUGUGCCCAGCAGCAAGGGCAGCGCUAAAGACCCACAAGGUCCGAUGAAGAGGAUCUUCAUGAAAGAGGCAGAUGCCUCAAACUUCUUCAGGAAACGCAGCAGACGGGGGGCCAAGUCUCAGGAUGAGAUCAACGCUGAGCAGAGGCAGAUCUUAGCUGCAGAUGAGCGAAAAAGAGAGUUUCACGAGGAGAAGAGAAAUGAGUUUGAGAACUAUGCAGAAGAGGAGAACGACGAACAAGACGAGAGGACCAGAGAGAGCACGGAGCAGUGGAGGGAGUUCCACUACGAUGGGAUGCAUCCUCCUCAGGAGUACAACCGUCACUCCACCUGAGACCGAGAGGGGAGAGGUGAUACUGAGGAGAUGAUCGUUUUCAUUAAAGGCAUUAAACCUAAUAUGAGGGGAAGGCAUCUUUUCAUGUUUUCCACUUACAUUUAUGAAUGCAAAAAGCACAGAAGUGCAAAACUUUAUUACAUGACAGAACAUAUUUGUUUAUAUUAUGUACUAUGGAUAAACGAAUGUCUUCAAUAGUGACUAUUUCAUAACAUGCAUGAUGACUUCAUCAUUAUAGCUAAAGAAGAAUUACAAUGGAUCUGUAACAUAUUUAGUUUAAAAAGAACCCAUUAAAUAUUUUUUCCAGUUAUAAUGAAUGGUGAAGUUCCUGAUGAUUGGGGCGAUUAGAGCCUAAAAGGUUUUUUUAAGAUUUGCAAAACUUCAAUAACCCAAAUCCAAAAUGACUUGGGAGUUGAGUACUGUAUAAAAGGGCUGUCAACCCCAAUCACUGAUCUAGGCGUUACGAUAGACAGUAAGUGAUCCAAGUAUUGAGAUGAUUUAAGUGUUUUUUUAAGCUGUCAUGUGCAAAGACUUAGAACACAUCAACAGAAUAAGUGUGAAUAUAUAGGCCUACUGUAUUUACCCAUAUUAACUAUAGCCUGUAUUUACUCACCUUUCAUGCAAACGGUAUUAUCUUUUAGCGUAAUAAAAACCAUGUAUGCAAACAUAUUUUGGAUGUAAAAGUGUACAAACUUGUACUUAUGAUAUAUUGAUUUACAGACAAAGAAGCAGCGACACAUGCAAACAAGCCUCUUUUUUU